AUAGAUGCUUCCUUCCUCUUCUAUCACAGAUGGGGCGGGCUGUUUCUCCCCACAGAACAGAGGCCCCAUCGCCCUAGCACACACAUUUGCAGAAAGCGGGACCCUCAGGCCUCCACAAUGUGCUCUCUUCCUCAUCUGCUGCUGGUUCUGCUGUUGGGACUCACAGGCUCGGGCCGAGGGCUGCUACUGGUCGCACUCUCUCAGGGAACUGUUGUGCCUAAACAUGUGAGGAGACGCACAGGAUCAUGGCAGGAUGAGUAGACCACUGCUCUGUUUUCUCUCCAGGUGUGGUGGGUGAGGCGGGGCUGCAGGUGAUAUAGCCUGACAAGUCAGUGUCUGUCACAGCCAGACAGACAGCCACUCUGUGCUGUACCAUGACCUCCUUGCUCCCCUUUGGGCCAGUUCAGUGGUUCAGAGGGGCAGGGCCAGGCCAGGAGUUAAUCUUCAGUUUCAAAAGAGGCCACUUCCCCCGAGUAACAAAUGCUUCAGACGUCACAAGGAGAAACAACACAGACUUUUCCAUCCGCAUCAGUAACUUCACACCAGCAGACACCAGAACCUACUACUGUGUGAAGUUCCUGAAAGGGACUCCUGAUGAUGUGGAAUUUAAGUCUGGACAAGGCACUCUGGUCACUGUGAGCACCAAACCAUCUCCCCCCGUGGUGUCGGGCCCCACGGCCAGGGCCUCGCCGGAGCAAACAGUGAACUUCACCUGCAAGUCCCACGGCUUCUCCCCCAGAAACAUCACCCUGAGAUGGUUCAGAAACGGGAAUGAGCUGGCAGCCUCCCGGACCAGCGUGGACCCAGAGGGAAACAGAACUUCCUACAACAUCUCCAGCACAACCAGGCUGAUGCUGGCCCCGGGGGACAUUCGCUCCCAGGUCAUCUGUGAGGUGACCCAUGUGACCUUGCAAGGGGACCCUCCUCUUCGUGGGAUUGCCAACCUGUCUGAGGUCCUCCGAGUUCCACCCACCGUGGAGGUUUCCCAGCAGCCCGUGUCAGGGGACCAGGUGAAGGUCACUUGCCAAGUGAAGAAGUUCUACCCCCAGCGCCUCCAGCUGACCUGGUUAGAGAAUGGCAACACGUCCCGAACAGAAAUGGCCUCAAGGGCCUCAGACCUCGUAGAGAACAAGGAUGGGACCUUUAACUGGACGAGCUGGCUCCUGGUGAACUCAUCUGACCACAGGGAAGGCGUGGUGUUCACCUGCCUGGUGCAGCACGACGGGCAGCCCGCGGUCACCAGAAACCAUACCCUUGUGGCCUCAACCCACCAGAAGGACCAGGAAACCCAUAAAACCCAGGCAUGGUCUCUAUCCCUUCUACACUUUUCCAUCAUCACCAUGGAAAAUGUCUGCACUUGGCAUUCUGAAAUUCCAGAAGGGACCCUGAGGAUCUGUAGUUUUGAGUCUUGA